AUGGAUUAUGAUAGAAUUAACUCGAUGAUUAAGAUGUUGCGUAUCGCCAAUUGUAAUUGCGAUUGUUUUGGUCUUGAUGCUAUUAAAGAUGCUCUUCGAACUAAUACAUCACCAUUAUGGGAGGAUUUUGUUGCAAAGGCCAGUAAACUUCAUGCCUGUUUACGAGCGGCUAUUCAAGCAAUUGCAGCAUAUUUGGAUGCGUUCCAGAAAAUAGCAGACGCCGCAACGAAUUCUAGAGGGGCAUCAAAAGAUAUUGGCACAGCUUUAACACGCGUCUGUCUGCGGCAUAAAGCUGUUGAAACACGUAUGAAGACGUUUACAACUGCAAUCAUGGAUUGUCUUGUAGUACCGUUACAGGAAAAAUUAGAAGACUGGAAACGUCAUGUUGCCACAUUAGAUAAGGAUCAUGCCAAAGAAUAUAAACGUUGUCGUACCGAAUUAAAAAAACGUUCAAGUGAUACAUUGAGGCUACAAAAGAAAGCACGUAAAGGGCAAUCAGAUACAAUGCAAUCCCUGGUGGAUUCACAUAUGCAAGAUGUAACAUUACGACGUGCUGAAUUAGAAGAUGUUGAACGAAAAUCUUUGCGAUCAGCAAUGGUUGAAGAGCGUCGGCGUUAUUGUACAUUUGUUAAUAUGUUACAACCAGUUGUGAAAGAAGAAUGUGAAGUUAUGUCUGAAUUAGGUCAUUUACAAGAAGCAAUGCAAUCUAUAGCAAUUGUUACUAAAGAACCCGAUAUAUUACCACAGUCAUCUGAAGAAUUAAUAUUAGAAUCAAAAUCAUCAUUUCAAUUUUAUCCAGAAUCACCCGGUGGAAAUUCUGGUUCACAAGGCUGUUCAAAUUCAUUAGGCUCUAGGAAAAGUUCUGUAUGUUCGAUAAGUUCAAUGAAUAGUUCUGGUUCAGGAUCCGGUUCACCAGGACAUCAUUAUCAAAGAUCGCUGUCUCAGUUAGUCCCACCGACUAUGCGAUUAAAGCCUGGCGAAUCCAGUGAUAGUGGAUUCUGUUCAUCACCGGCUCUCACUGCGCAGGCUUCAGCUCAAACUAGCCAAUCUCACGCAGUGUCAACUUGGCCGCCACAUUCGCAAGAUGGUGUUCAAACAGCUGAUAGACCUCACACAAUUUCAUCAGCAUAUGAAAAAGGACAUCAACGUCCGGCUCUUACAGUUUAUACCUUCCAAAGCCCAGAAACAAUUAUCGAAUCUCAAAAAUCGCCUGCGACUAUUAUCAAUAGGCCACCAUUACCAAUUCGCUGUUCAUCAUUAGAACGCCCUCUCUCAACUACUGGACCGAGGAAUAGUAAUCCGAAUCUGGUUCAAAGACAAUGUCCUUCACCACUUCCUCCCCACAUUACUAAAGAAUUACCCCAACAUCAACCAACUUAUGUUAACAUGUCUGAAUUAGCUUCAAUGGCUGCAAUGAAACAAAUAAAUCAACAGCCACAAACGCAGCAAGUACAACAAUCGCUUGAAAUGCAAAAGAGCCCACCUCUUGCUCCUACAACAGGUGUAAAUAAUAUACCAGGUAGCGAUCAAACUAUUCAACGUGCAAAAGGAGCUCAACCACCGCCAAAACCAGUUCGCAAUAUAAACACGGAAAAUUCAUCAAAAUCAUCAUCAUUAAAACAACCUUUAACAAUCCAAAUGCAAUUACCAAGUGAACAAAGUGAUUAUAAAAAUACUACUGCGGGAACUGCAACUGGAGUAACAAUAACAGCUACAACAGAUUCCAUGACAACAACAAUUGCAUCACAACAUAGUGAUAAUAGUUUACAACCUAGUGAAAAUUCAAUAAUUACAGAUAAUAAAAUUACAGCUCAAUUACAAUCUCAAGGUGCUGAUAAUAACACACAUCCGUCCAUUAAUAGCAAUCUAACUAACAGUGAUAUUCUACCAAAUAAUAUUUCAAAUAAUUCCUCUUAUAAUACCAUGACAACAACUACUUCUCAAAUAAAUCAAAUAACCCAGUCCCAACAACCACAACAACAACAAUUGCAGCAGCAACAUCAACAACAACAAUCAUUAAAUAAUCAAACGAAUCCAUUUGCAUGUAAUACUGAUCUAAAUGAUAAAGAUCAUUCUUCUAUUGCUACAACGUCUACCAUUAUUAAAUUUUCUUCACCUAGUGUAAUUUCUACAAGUUCCAAUAUUAAUAAUACUAUUACUAUAUCUAAUUCUAUUCCCUCUAAUUCUAUUACUACCCCUACUGUUAAUAAUAGUAAUAUCAAUAUUAAUCAUGAUGAAAUACUAAAAAUUACUGAAAAUAAUGAAUCAAAUGGGGAAACUUGUUCGAUAAUAACAUCAACUUCAACAACUACAACCACAGCUAAUAAUUCUCCAUCCUCUACAUGUACUAACAACACAGAUAUAUUUUCAAAUUCUAAUAUAAAUGAAAAUUCUGUAGAAACAAGAGUUGAUGAGAAAGCUCGUGGUUCUGUACUUGAAAAAAUGUCAAUGUUUGAGCAAGCAAGUAAGGCGGCAGCUGCUGCUGCUGCAAAUUCAAUGUUACCGUUGAGUAAUACUAGAAGUACACAUUCGACAACAUCAUCUGGUGACAGUAUAUAUUCAACAAAAGACAAAGAGAGUUUUAAGUCAUCAAGUGGAAACUUAGCUAUUAGUGAAAAGGAUCCAGAAGAUAUUCUUCUAAAAGCUGAAGCAGUGUUGGAUUGUGAUGUUCUUGAUCAAAUUUAUGAGGAUUCAAUAAAAGAAUUAAACAAUUUAAUUGGUGAACUCGAUUCAUUUCAACGUGAGCAUGAAAUGAAAGAAAAAGCUGCACAUAAACAGAAUGGAUUUGCACCGCUUUCAAUCAUUGAUCAUAGUAAUAGUACAAGUCCGUUUCAAUUUCAAAUUACUACAGUUACAAAUACAUUAAUAAAUAUUAAUGGCUUAACAGGAAAUAGCAGUAAUAACAUCACAACAAAUCAUAACAAUCAUACAAAUAAUAGUGUUGUUGGUUUAAAUGAUGUUAAAAGUACCAAUAAUAUUAUUGCUGGUAAUGGUAAUGGAAGCUUAGAAACUGAUAAUGGUAGUGAUAAAAUAUCAAUUGGUAGUUUAAAUUAUUCAACACAAAGUACUGGUAAUGUCAGUGGCAGUGAUGUUAAAUUUGCAUAUUCUGAUUCAGAGAUAUCACGUUAUGUUAGUGAAGAUGCAAAUUCAAUAAGCGGCUUCGAAAAUCCAACGUUUGCUCAUUUUAAUAGUAAUUGUAGUAAUAAUCCAAGUAUUGGUGGUAAUAGUAUUGCUGGUCGUGAUGAAUAUGAUAAUAAUAGUGAUCGGUUACAAAUAACAGAUACAGAUAGUGGACAUCAUGUUAUGAUAUUUGAUCAAAGUUAUCCAAUACCACCAGAUAUAGAAUUUGUAUCAAAAAAUUCGGAAAUUGUUGUAUUACGUUGUAAGGAAACAACAAAUGAUAUUGUAGUAGGUGAAAAUAUAGAACAACCAAAACAAAGGUUAAGUUCUUUUAAAAGUGAACAAUUUCCAUCAAAUAAAUCAUCAAUAACACCAAAUGGUUCAAUAACAAACUUAUGUAGUGCUUUAGAAUCACCAUCAUUAAUAAAUGCAAGUCCAAUAGCGGCAACUUUUAGAAAACACUCAAAACAAUCACUAGUCAGUACUAGUAAUGUUAUGCAGCAACAACAGCAACAACAACAAUUCAAUCAACAUCAAACUCCACAAAAAAAUUUAAGUAGAAUUUCAACAGCAAAUGAAUCUUCUUCUUCAGCUUUACGAACACAAUCAUCAUCGAUUAUUAAUAGUAAUAUUAAAAUAACAAAAGAAUUCAAAGCAAGCUUGGAUGAAAGGCUAGCAAAUAAAUCAAAUCUAAUCAAUAAUAAUAGUAAUAUAGUAUCAUCAACAAUGUCGCAGACAAAGCCAGUCAUUUCACCUAGACCGACUUCAUUGUCUGGUUGUGUAACUAGAAUAGCAAGACGUUCUUCAAUAAAUAGUAAUAAACCACCACCACCAGUACGUAGGAGCUCAUCAGUAACACCAAGUCAUAAUUUGUCAACACCAAGUUCACCAUGUUUAAAUCAACAAAAUUUGCAUAGUACAUCCUCAGUUGAAAGUUUACCACCACCACCAGCUUAUCUAUUAGAUCGACAGCAACAAAACCCAUCACCAUCAACUGUUAAUGUUGCGGAAACUGUUAAAGCUUUAGCAGCAAUUCGACAUACUCCAGCAAGCCCAAGUGCUGUAAGAAGAGUAACACCGCAAGUUGGUACAAUUCAGAACAACAAGUCUAUUAGUAAUGCGACAUCGAACAAUGCUUUCGUUUCAUCACCUGUGAAUGAUGUACCUCUAGGGUCUAAUUCCAUUUAUAACAAUUCUAGUAGUUCAAUUCAACAGCAACAACAACAGUUACAACAAAAUCAAUAUCAUCAUCAUCAACAUCAUCAACAUCAUCAUCAUAUUAUUCAACCACAACAAUAUCAAUCUUCACCUAAAAUUCCUUAUUCUUCAAAUUCUAAUAAUACAGAUAGUAAUUAUAAUAAUUCUACCUUCAGAACUAAUAAUACAAAUUCACCGGGUAUAUACGCUCAACCAAAACAAAUAGCUAAAAUGUCCAGUUUUCGAACACCACCAUCAUCUGCUUCUCAUAGUACAAGUGGAUCACCAUUGACUACAGCUAAACCAAAUCCCAGUUUAAUUGCACAAUUAAAUGCACGUUUAACUUCAUCACCCCAGUCAAAACAAUCACCAACACAUCAAAAUGAAAGCACAAAUUACCAAUCUUCAACAUAUGAUCAGCAACAAUCAUACUCAUCACAGCAUUAUGGUGGAUCCGGUCCGAAUUCACCACAUCAUCAAUCACAACAACAGACAAAUAAUCAAUAUUAUAGUCAACAAGAAUCAUUAUAUUCUCGUGGUAAUGAAAGAUAUUAUUCAGCUCAGCAGCAGCAACCACAUCAACUUGAAUCGGCAGCUUCAACACAAAAUUAUGAGGGUAAACAAAAUCAAAUUUAUGCUUCUUCUAGUUCCCAUUAUGAGCAAUAUACUCAAUUCUCCUCUACUACUACAAGUUCAAUAUCUACUAGUAAAAAUCAUGAAUCAUUAUUACAUUCUUCAUCAUCAUUAUCAUCGUCAACUAAACAAAUCCAAUUAAACCAAACCAAAAAUCCUUCUAAUCACCAUAAUCAACAUCAUCAUUCACAUUACCAACAAAAUUCUACAUCAUCAAACCAUCAUCAUAAUAAUCAACAAUCGCAACAGCAGCAACAAUCACAUCAAGUCCAGAAUAGUCAUUAUCAAAAAAGUUCACAAAUAAAAUCACCAUCAGCAUCUCAAAUGCCUCCGAUUCCAGCGCAACGUACAUCAAGCAUUAAGCAUCAGCACCAUCAUCAUCAUCAACAUUUACAUCAACAGCCACAACAACAGCAACAUCAUACUCAAAGUUCCUCUAAUGUACAACCAACGCAGGGUCAACAAUAUACGCAAUACCAACAACAACAACACCAUUAUCAACAGCAGCAACAACAACAAAAUAAUCACUAUCAACAACAACCCACCCAGCAACAAUAUCAUCAUGCAAGUGGUGGAAGUGGUUCUGGACAAAAUCCAACACAAAAUAAUCGACAAAUACAACAAAAAAUUUUCGUUUCCACAAAUCCGUUUAUAACCACCACCGCCAUUAACUAUUCUUCCUCAUCCGUAUCUUCUGCCUCUUCUCAUUAUGGAAACCAUUCUCAGGGACAAUACACAGCAAAUCCAAACUAUUCCUCAUGCAAUGAAUCGAACGUUACGAAAACUGGUAGCAUUCGAGGAAAAUCAAAGGCUGAGUUUUUAGAAAAUUUAAAUGCAAAAUUAGCUAAGCAGGGACUUUCUGGACGGGCAUUGUCGGUUAGAAAUUUGAUAAAUAGCAAAGCACUGCCGGAUCCUCGCAUAUGCCACGAAUCUCUAAUGGAUCAAAUAAAACGUGGUGCAACUUUGAAACGUAAUCAAAAAGUAAAUGAUAGAAGUGCUCCGAAAAUUCACUGAAGUAAUUAAAGUAAUAAAAAUAUUAGAAAUUGAAUUAAAAAACUUUUCCUAUCUUUAUAACACAAGUUAAUGAUAUAUACACUUUAAAAAAUUAAAUGCAAAUAAAGAAAAACAAUUAUUAAGGAAAAAAAUAAGGCUAAUAAUAACAAUUAUUUUCAAAACUAAUGUAAAAAGUAAUUGAAACAAAUCAAUUAUAUUUUAUUUAAAACAAGUGAUUUUAAUAAUAUAGCAGCAUUUUAAA